CACACACACACACACACACACACACACACACACACACACACACACACACACACACACACAUAAUUAUGUAUGUAUUUGCAUACCCUUUUCUUUCUUUUCAUUUUAUCAUUUUUUGUGUUUCCUAUUUGGAUAUCACUACUAAAUCAACCAAAGUAUGGGAUUCUUUACAUGCACAUAUACAUAAAAAAUUACAUUAUUGUCAAAGGUUAUGCUUUCAAACUCAAUGUUCCUAUCAUUUCAUGACUUAUGUCAUCUAAAUGUAUCUUUAGAAGAACAGUUUUGAGUCUUGAGUGAAAAAGGUACAAGACUGAUGUACUUGCUGAGCUUCUUGUCCUUGUUCUCAGUUUCUUUUUAUGGCAGUUUUUAAAUGGGGUAUCCAGAUUCCUUUACACAACUCAGCUGUACAUAUGAUCACAUAAGUCCCUCCCAAUAUGACAUCAUCUCCAUACAUCUUCCACUGUCUGUCUGCUAUCUUGUUGACCCCCCCCCCCCAAUUGUGUGUGUGCCCUGACUGCUGGAUGCAUCCUACCUCAACCCUUGGCUUGACUUCCCUGCCUGUUUGUCCUGGCCUCACCUAGAACCCAGGGAAAGCACUGAACAGCUUUGGAGCCCUCCUCCACCGUGUGCCCCAGUCUGCCCGUGCACUUUAUGGCCGGGCCUGCAGCCUAGACCGCCUGGCUGAAGUGGAGCGCUCCAACUCACGUCUGGAACAGGCUAUAGCCACGUACCGCAGUGUUAUUGACAUGGCUGAUGAACACCCAGACCAGGUGCCCUUGCCACUUCUGCGACUGGCGGCAGAAAAAUGCAUUGAGAGAAUGAGGUUCAGAGGGUUCAUGGGCAAAGCUGUCAGGGUUCAGCAGAGAUUGCUCCAGAGGUUCCCAGAUGACAUCAGUCUCAGGAACCAGAUGGGCGUGACUUUCCUUCUGAUGAACCAGCCUGCUGCUGCUAAGGACGUAUUCAAGGAGGUCCUAGAAAAGUGGCCAGAAGAUGGAUUUGCACAGGUACAUUAUGGUUUUGUCUUGAAAACAACGUACAACAACAACACAGGCGGAAUCGAGUACAUGCAGAAGGGCAUCAGCAGUGGUGCAGAGGGCACACAGGAUGGCCGUUUCUACUUCCACCUCGGGGAUGCUCUGCAGAGGGAAGGGAAGACAGAAGAAGCAUAUAAGUUAUAUGACAUUGGUGUUGAAAAGGGCUUGUUCCUCAGCCGGUAUCAGCGUUCAUUAUACAAUGUUGAUAGGCUGCGUUCACAGCCUCUUUGGUCACAGGAAGAGACUUCAUAUCAAGAGUUCUUCAGAAAACUGGAGCAGAACUGGCUAAUAAUUCGAAAGGAAGGUCUAGAAGCACUUGCUUUGCCACCCCAGGAUGGAUUCCGCCCAGAGGCAGAGAACCUCCAGGAUACUGGUGACUGGAAGCAAUAUGAAAUUUUCUCUCGAGGAAGGAAGAUAACUGCAAACUGUGUGAAGACCCCGCAGACAUGUGCUCUUGUUGAGAGUUUUAAACCAGCAGCUGGAUGCAAGCGUGGACAGGUGAAGUUUAGUGUCAUGUAUCCUGGCACACAUGUUCAUGCUCACACUGGUCCUACCAAUUGCCGCUUACGAGCCCAUCUUGGCCUGCUGGUACCUGAGGGGUUACACUUGCGUGUGGGUGAAACCAACCAAAGCUGGGCUGAAGGGAGAGUCAUUGUGUUUGAUGAUAGCUGGGAACAUGAGGUCUGGCAUGAAGGUGAUUCCCCACGGCUGAUCCUCAUAGUGGACGUGUGGCACCCAGAGCUUACGGAAGAGGAAAGGUUAUCCUUGUCACCGAUAUAAUUUUGAAUCAAACACUUGUAUUCCUUUGGUGGCCAGUAGUGGUUCCUUCUUUAAGAGUCUUAAACAAGGUACUUAUUUAAGCAAAUGGUGGAACAAGCAGGAGCAGAGAACAAAGAUUAUAUGCAAAUUUUAUCCAGUUCAAGUGAUGUAGAUAUGCUUAUGAUGUCUUUUGAUACUGCAUCUUUCUUUUCUUUUUUCUUUUCUUUUUAGUUCUCUCUUACCAUGUAUUGAGAGUCUGAAUGAAUUAUUAUAGGGAUUCAGUUCCAAAUAAAUGUCCAAAAAUUGUAAUGUCUGCCAGUCAUAUGGGCUACUUUGCACCAGAUACCAGGAUUAGUCUGAGAGCCCAGAAAGGUGAAGUCAACUCUACCCGCUAGUCUAUUUCUCCUCAUUUUUCAUUGCCAAUACAUUGUAGUUCCUCCCAGUAUCACUAGUGGUUCAUUAUGUGCCAUCUUACAGCCAAUUUUUCGUGGCAUCUUAGUAACGGGAGUGGCAUUCAGCAGGUACACACUGCCGUUGCUAAACUCCCCUUCCCUUUUUCUUCUUCCUCUUCCUUCUCUUCUUCUUCUUAAAUCCAAGCUGGAUAAUUGUAACAUACAUAUGUGCAUAUAUAUAUAUGUAUAU